UUCCGGCGGGCCUCAUUGAGUGUGACACAGCGUUGAGCACUCACAGGCCCGCGCUUUUCAGGCUUUUGCAUUUCCCUCGGAAGGUUGUCUUCGGAAGAGGUUGCUCGGUUCAUUUUUAUCCCGCGGCUGUGGUGCUUCCCUGAAUGGCGAAAUGCCUGUUAGAAGAUCACUGAAAUUGGAUGCUCUGUUAGAAGCAAAUUUAUUAGAUCCUUCAGAAAUUACAAGGAAGAAAAGUAUUACGAAUUAUUCUCCAACAACUGGAACUUGUCGAAUGAGCCCAUAUGCUUCUCCCACAAGUUCUAAGGAACAGGUGCUCAAAAAUGGACCAUCAAAUGGAAACAGAAAAAAGUUGAAUCAUCUCAGUUUAACCAAAAACAAGGAAUCUACAACAGAAGAUGAUGAAUUCAUGGUGUUGCUGUCUGAAGUUGAGAAAUCGUCAGAAGAAAUCAUGGAAAUAAUGCAAAGUUUAAGUAUUGUACAGGCUUUGGAGGGCAGUAGAGAGCUUGAAAAUCUCAUUGGUGUCUCCUGUGCAUCACGUUUCUUAAAAAGAGAAAUGCAGAAAACGAAAGAACUAAUGACAAAAGUAACAAAACAAAAACUGUUUGAAAAGAAGAGUUCAAGACUUCCUAGCCAAGAGUUACAUCAUCUUGACAGUUAUGAAUUCCUUAAAGCCAUUCUAAAUUGAGGCAUUUAGAAGAAAUGCACUCACUAUGAACACCAAGUUCUGCAUCUGCCUGGUCAUAUUUAAAGGAACAGAAGACACGUUUGUAAUUAAUCUGCCCAGUAAAUACCAGAUCAUAGCACUCAGCAGGUGCGUGUCUAGAUAAAAUUUCUUGCGGCUAAUUUAAACUUUCUACACACACCAGUAGAUAAUCUCAAUGUAAAUAAUACAUUUCUUCUUGACCCUUUAAUGAGUCAGCCAACAUGUAGACGAGGAUCUUGACUUAUAUUCUAUAUCAUGUACGCUUCUAUAUACGUGUUGCAUUUGUAGACAGACUUAAUAAAGCACUUAUGAAAAUGGCA